AUGUCUGGGCAAAGCAUUACCGACCGGAUAACUGCUGCUCAGCACAGCGUUACGGGAUCAGCGGUCUCCAAAACUGUAUGCAAGGCGACAACUCAUGAAAUUAUGGGUCCUAAAAAGAAACAUUUGGAUUACCUUAUUCACUGUACCAAUGAGAUGAAUGUCAACAUCCCUCAGCUGGCAGAUUCACUGUUUGAGAGGACUACCAACACCAGCUGGGUCGUAGUCUUCAAGUCCCUCAUAACAACACAUCACCUCAUGGUUUAUGGUAAUGAGCGUUUUGUUCAAUAUUUGGCCUCAAGGAACACAUUAUUCAACCUCAGUAAUUUCUUGGACAAAAGUGGUCUACAAGGCUAUGACAUGUCAACAUUCAUUCGAAGGUAUAGUCGUUAUCUGAAUGAGAAAGCCGUGUCAUAUCGACAGGUGGCAUUUGACUUCACUAAAGUUAAGCGUGGGGUUGACGGAGUGAUGAGAACUAUGAACACCGAGAAGCUCCUGAAAACUAUUCCCAUUAUACAGAACCAAAUGGACGCUCUUCUGGAUUUUAAUGUCAAUGCCAAUGAACUCACCAAUGGAGUUAUCAAUGCAGCCUUCAUGCUCCUGUUUAAAGACUCCAUCAGGCUCUUUGCGGCUUACAACGAAGGCAUAAUCAACCUGCUGGAGAAAUACUUUGACAUGAAGAAAGUUCAGUGCAAAGAAGGCCUGGACAUCUAUAAGAAAUUCCUCACGAGGAUGACGCGCAUCUCAGAGUUCCUCAAAGUAGCUGAGCAAGUGGGAAUUGAUCGGGGAGACAUACCAGACCUGUCCCAGGCUCCCAGCAGUCUCCUGGAUGCCUUAGAGCAGCACUUGGCCUCCUUAGAGGGAAAGAAAGUUAAAGAUUCCACAGCUGCUAGCAGGGCGAGCACGCUCUCCAAUGCAGUGUCAUCUCUGGCCAGCACUGGCAUGUCUUUCACCAAGGUGGAUGAAAGAGAGAAGCAGGCAGCUCUGGAGGAAGAACAGGCACGGUUAAAGGCACUUAAGGAACAGAGGCUGAAGGAGUUGUCCAAGAGGCCCUCAUUCGCUACCACAGACACCUCUCCAGUGUCCACCACAGGAGGCAGCAUCAGCACCGCUCCUGCCAUAGACCUCUUCUCCACACCCAGCUGCUCCAACGGAGCCCUGAAGAUGGAGAGCGACCUGUUUGACCUGCAGACGACUUUUCAGCCGUCGAUGCAGCCGGGUCCCUCCGUGGCCACAGCCUGGGGAGAUCCUUUCUCUUCUUCUGAAGCUGUCGAUGACUCCAUUCCAAACCUAAACCCUUUCCUAUCCAAACUUGUUGUCGAUGCCGCUCAUCUACCUGUUGUGUCUUCAGACGGUGUUGGUGUUAGUUUUACCUCUAGGACGUCUGGUCAUGAAAUAUUUGGUGAUCAUUACAAUCCCUUUAUUGAUUCAAGCUCAUCUGUAUCAACCAAUUACAAACGCACUGUGCGGAUAGAGAACUUAAUCUCAGAUUCCUUUGGCUCCACAUCCAUGGGCCAGCAUCUCUCUAACCCCUCUCCCUUCCAGUCUGAGCCUUCUACUGUAGCAGGCCUGUUUAGAGGAUACACAGCACCACAGAUCCCUCAACAACACACCUCAGGGGAGCUCCGUGUUGACUUUGAGUCUGUUUUUGGCACGAAAGCAGCCUCAUCAAAUAACCUGGAUGCCAAUGGUGGAAUUUUGAAACCCACUGUGGCCUCAUCCAAUCCGGGCUUGGCUUCCAACAGUCAGCAUCCUGAGAAGCUGGUGUCAGAUGAUUUGGAUUCUUCUCUGGCCAACCUGGUUGGCAAUCUGGGGAUUGGAAACGGUACAACAAAAAAUGAUCUCCACUGGAAUCAACCUGGGGAAAAGAAACUGACUGGUGGAAUGAACUGGCAGCCUAAGGCAGCCCCAUCCACAACAUGGAACCCUGUUUCUAUGCCACCUUCGGUUAUGGCCUUCCCUGCCACUACACCUACAGGAAUUAUGGGAUACAGCAUGCCUCCUCAGAUGGGUUCUAUGACCAUGAUGUCACAGCCCACUAUGAUGUACACUCAGCCGGUCAUACGGCCGUCCAACCCCUUUGGCCCUGUGUCCAGCGCGCAGCCCUCGGCUGCUUCUAGUCCCUCCAGUCAGAGUCCCCUCCGAGCUCCAGGACAGGAUCCCUUUGCACAGCUCUCUCUCAAGGAUUUCUUGUAG